AUGAUUGCAAAGACAUCCCAUCCACCACCCUACUACGCUGUCAUUUUCACCUCCAUUCGAUCCAAUAAGAAUAAUAACAAUACUGAUGAUAAAAACGAUAGCAACCAUGCUAGCAGCAGCAGCAGCAGCAGCAGCACUACUACUACCUAUUCUGAUACGGCCACUCGCAUGAUGGAAUUGGCACAGGAACAACCUGGCUUUUUGGGUGUCGAAUCUUGUCGCGAAGAGAUUGGCAUUACGGUAUCUUAUUGGAAAGAUGAGGAAUCCAUUCAAUCGUGGAAGGCCAAUCUGGAGCAUUUGAAAGCUCAACAACAAGGAAAAGAUGGCUGGUACGAAUCCUAUCGAGUUCGUGUUGCCAAGGUAGAAAGAGAUUAUGAAUUCGAGGCACCAGCGACCUAA